GGCUCCCGGGUGCGCAGCCCGCCGCGCAGACGCAGCUCGUCCCGGCGAGUCUGCGCCGUCCGCGGGUGCCUGGCGCGGAGGCGGGGUUCACGCUGCUGCCGAGGAGAACGGGUUGAAGCCGAUACAUGAGGGUGUCAGGUAGAUGAAGGUCCUGGAGAGAGCCGUGCUGAGUCUUCCCUGGGAAGAGCCGCGCCACGAGGGCUGGCAGCCCCGUGUUGGCCCCGGGACAGCUUGGGACGAUGACACCUGCCGGCGAUGGGGGCGCCUCAGCGGGCAUUUUUGACCUGGACUAUGCAUCGUGGAAGGUUCGCUUGACGCUGGCGGUCGCAGGCUUCGUCUUCUACCUGGGCGUCUUUGUCGUCUGCCACCAGCUCUCGUCCUCUCUGAAUGCCACCUACCGCUCCCUGGUUGCCAGAGAGAAGGUCUUCUGGGACCUAGCAGCCACACGGGCUGUCUUUGGGGUCCAGAGCACAGCGGCAGGCCUGUGGGCGCUGCUGGGGGACCCUGUGCUUCAGGCGGACAAAGCACUCGGCCAGCAGAGCUGGUGCUGGUUCCACAUCACCACAGCCACCGGCUUCUUCUUCUUUGAGAACGUGGCUGUGCACCUGUCCAGUCUAUGCUUCCGGACUUUUGACCUCUUCUUGAUUGUCCACCACCUCUUUGCCUUCUUGGGAUUUCUGGGCUCAGCGGUCAACCUGAGAGCCGGCCACUACUUAGCCAUGACCACGCUGCUCCUAGAGAUGAGCACCCCAUUUACCUGCGUCUCCUGGAUGCUCCUGAAGGCUGGCUGGUCCGAGACGCUGCUCUGGAAGGCCAACCAAUGGCUGAUGGUCCACAUGUUCCACUGCCGCAUGGUCCUCACCUACCACAUGUGGUGGGUGUGCUUCCGGCACUGGGAUGGCCUGGUCCACAGCCUGUACCCACCUCAUCUGGCCCUGUUCCUCGCCGGGCUUGCCCUGCUCACACUGCUCCUGAACCCGUACUGGACCCACAAGAAGACACAGCAGCUCCUCGUCCCAGUGGACUGGAACUUCGCACAGCCUGAAGCCACGGCGGGCAGGCCCAGUGGCCAGGAGCUGCAGAAGAAGAGGCCUUAGAGGCCACGGCCGUGGCCAGGCAGGCGUGGCGCCCGCUGAGCAGGGCUCUCUCUUCAUGAGUGUUCACGUGAAGGGGCCACGGCGUGUUCCUAAGGUCCUGACCCUUGCUGAGGAUGCGGGUCUUGGCACCAUGCUCGCUGCCCGGCCUGGCUGCCCUGGGCGUGCCUGGCGUCAGGAAAGCAGUCAGAUGGCCCAGGUGGCAGGCACGCCGGGUGGCACGCAUGCCGGCAGUGGCUGAGGGCCGAGGACGUGGCAGGCUGUGCAGCGGCUCAGCCCACGUGCUGUGGGGUCGCAGUCAGGUCCCUCGCGCCCUUCUUCGGCACACAGCACCCUUCCUCGUUCUGAAGUCACCUUCUCUGAGGGAAGGAAUGGGCUUAAGAAAGCUGGGUGAUUUCCUAGCCCUUGCUGAAGCCAGGCCUGGAGUUUUAAAACCAGGUUGCCACAGCGCCAUCUAGUGUCGGGAGGCCUAAAGAUGUCCCUGUGGGGCUCCGCCACAGGAGAGCACCCUGGAGUGCCCACGUCCCAACAAGGCACCAGCUCAAAACCUUAUAAAUCAGUGAGAAUUUUUAAAUUGGAAUUUUAUUUCUUGUUGACAAAAUAAUGUGUCCACUAACUAGGCUUUAGAUUGGUCCAGAGGCAAGAGCCGUUUGGAAUGGCGAAGGAGCCCCUGACCUGUGGGAGUUUUUGUUGGUUUCAAGGCUCGGUAGUAAGGGGUGUGUCGCCGCGUGCUUGGGUGGCCCUGGGCCCAGAAACCUGUAGUGCUGGGCCCUCAGCAGAUCUGGCAGCCCCCACAGCAGGAUUCUAAGGGCGUCCCACGUGCUGUUCUCCCGUGUGGUGCCCUGGCCUGGUUAGCACACUAACAGGUGGUGCUGCGGGCCGAUCAGAUGCCCCUUAGCACGAGUGGACAUUAGUAGUCGGCACUCGCUUCUUCAGAAGUGCCUCUGAGUAAGUGUUUAAGUUAGAGACAGGCUCAUUGCCUCCAAAAGUCGUGCGCAGCGUGGCUCCUGUGUGCCGUGCGACUCCAGGGGCUCGGAGGAUGCCCAGGGCCUGCGUUCACUGCACUGAUCGUGUUUAGCUCAAGACAGUAAUUCCCGUUUUUCUCAAGUGAAGAAGGUAUUUAAAUUGUUCCUGCUGAGAGUGUUAUCUCCGCGCACCCCCGUGGCCGCUCUGCCUGUUCCUCGGAGCCUGCAGUGGCUGGAGGCUGCCUGGGUGUUUAAUAAAGUGACCGAUGUUUACCG